CUGUUAGCUUCGGCCAAUCGGAUUGCAGGGGAGGUGCUCUCACGUGACCCGUGCAGCUGUCGCAUUGUGCUGGCUCCAGUAUGGCUGCUUUAACCAUGUGCUGAGAGUGCUGGGAGCAGUGACAGCCAGCUGAGCAUUCUGGGAGUGGAAGAAGGACCCUGGUAAUACUGAGAGUUCUAUGAGAAUUUCCUGGAAACCCCCAUUUUAUAAACUAAUUCUAUUAAACUGAGUGCAAACUAUCUUACUAAUAGUGAGAUUAUUGAUUAUUGAUUAUAUCUGGGACCUAUGAUCACAUGAUGGCUGUCAUUGACCUAUCUCCCAUCAUCCUCAGCCAGCCAGCAGGGAUGCUUACUGUGGGAGGGAGACAUUGGAGUAAUUUGGUGAUUAGUGCAUCACAUUUAAAGGAAAACUGUCAUUUAAAGGGACACCACUCUGACUAAAUCCCAAAUAGUCACUGUGUAUAUAUGCAUCCCAAUGAAAACAUGCAGGCAUUUAAUUAUGCAUUUUUAUAUUAGCGGUAUAUCUAAAAACAGCUUGCAAAAGCUGCAGAACUCUGGUCUGCAGCCUUUACAAUGUUACAAUUUCCCAAGUCCCCUGUAUUCAAAAACAAGCUAUUUUACAAUAUAGCUUUUAAUCCCUAUUUAAAAUUGUGUUUUACUACCAUCUGCUAAUCAAUUCUUCAGCAUAGAGAAUUGAUUGACAGGGGAGCAGAAGAGAACCUCUGCUCUGCACUCAGACGCUGGCAUGCUGGCAAUGCUGCGUUAUGGAGGAAGUUUGCCAAGGGCGGACUGGAGGUGGGUGUUGCAGAAGUGCAGAACCCACCUCUGUCAGUAGAUGGCGGCAGGAGAGCAGGUAAGUGGUGUCAGGUUCCCUUUAUUUCAGUAACCCCCAUACAUGAUUUUUACAAUCCAACAUAACUUUUUAGACGGGUUGGGAGCCCUAAACCCCCCCCCUCCUCCACCCCACGUCGACAUGCUGCGAUGAAAAAUAAUCUGGCCAGUAAAACAAAUUGCAGAACUGGCACUUCUCAAAGAAUAGGCAGGUCAGCCAUCUGCCUGCCAAUCAUCCAGGCCGGUCCAGGACGUUUUUUGAAAAAAGUAUAAAGUAGAAUAGACAGGUGACAUUUUACAGAGACUCACAAUAUUUUUUUCAAUAUAUUUGAUUUCAGACCAAAAUUUUAUGUCGCACACUAAGAAACAUUGAGCGUAAUUCGGGAUUCAAAAUAUUAAACUGAUCAAAUGUGUGGGGAGAGGCUGACUGACAAACGCAUUGUCUGUGACAUGCUUUAUAAUUAAUAUUUGUGCUGUAUAUUUAUAGAAAUGAAGAAUCCUGUUCCUUCCUCACCGUUGGACACCUGUCCUUUCUGUGGAAAGCCUUUCAAAAGGUUAAAAUCCCACUUACCUCACUGCAAAAUGGCCAAAUCCAAAAAGACCUCAGAAUCUCCUGCUGGUGAUACACAGAUGGUGAGGGGCGAUAUACAGAUUUCUAGAAUAAAUCGAAACCUGACAGAAAGCUCCUUGGUCAGUAUGGGUACAGUUGGGGCGAACGACAAAGGAAAAGUUAAGAUGGCAGCAGUGAGUGACGCAGGACAACAUACAGGCCUGCUUCAGGAAGGCAGUGAACCGAUCACUACUAAAUUAAAAGUCAGCAGAGCUACCACGGAUCGCAAACUGACACAAAGACCAGAAAGACAACAUAAGGACGUAACGAACGUCAGAUCAUGGAAAACACCAGCAAAGGUAGAUUCAGAAUUCGACAACAGUUUGAACAUCCUGUAUCUCCAAGGUGGUUCAACCUCUUCCAAUGUCCAGGAACAUAUUUUGUUUAAACAUUCAUUAAAUGAUUCAACUCAUCCCAUGUUGUCAGGACUUGACAUGAAGGUUGCUAUACACAAGCAGGUCACAAAGAAUCUGUUUGAGGUGGAGCUCGGAGAACAUUACCCGCAAACUGUCCCAGAGGGCUCGCUUCCUGAAAGUCAAGAUUUAAGUGAUAAGAAAACGCCCGUAGGAAGCCAGACACAGAAUGGCCUUUUAGGAACAUGGCAGAACCUGCAUACAGAUCGGAACAGGUUAUUACCAGAACAUGAAGAUCUCACUACAGAGAUUGGAUGGGGAACAGGGGAGGUUCUAGUCCCUGGUAAAACUCUGGUUUGGGAUCAUCUGAAAGGAUCGCUUUGUGGGAAAACCUGUCUUGAGAAUCGGAAUGAGAUUUUGAAGCAGAUUCCAUUGCUCUCCCAUAAUACCAAAUCCUCACAGAUAGACGCUCCUUAUGGACCUAACCAAAUGUUAGGUGACACUUGUGCUGUUCAACUGCAGCCUCCAGCAGAGAGUCACUCUGCCCUGGGGCCCAGUGGUAAAACAAUGGAGAACAUCUGGAAUCUAAAACUCUUCCUGGAUGCAGCUCCUGAAUCCAAACCCGAGACACACUCUUCGCAGUCUCUCAGUGAUGUCUCUCCAGAUCAUAGUCUGGGAAUGGAGUGGAUUCCUGAACUUUACCCCAAUUAUAUGCAUCUUCAUGUGGUCCCAGGAAGACAAGAUGAUUGGAACACAGAGAAGACAACAGUAAAACUGAGGAUACCAACAGAAACCCAGCAUGGUAAGGAGUAGUGGUUUCCUGACUUGGGUGACAUUGGAGAGCUUAUAAAAUAGAUGUCCCAGUUCACAAUUAAUGAGCACGGCUAUUUCCAAAUCAUUCUCUUCAUUACUUUGCAGAUGUCUCCUUACUAUCUAAACAUCUGAUGGAUGUUAGACUUGGAGAGCUGUCGUCAUGGAUUGCAAACCAGCAUUUUUCCAUCCAAUCAUUAGCGAGAUCAGCACCGAAUGGUAAGAGAGCAAAUAAAUGUUAUUUUAUGCCACCGCAGAGGCACAAUCUGUCAAUCCGUUUUCAUUCAAUAGAUAUCGGUGUGUGAUACAGUGAUUUCCCUGUAAUUAGAUCUCCUGGUGCUUGGUUGUGUCCACCAUGUCCAUUGUCUUUGCUAUGUCUUUCAUUUUUCCUUCUUACUCUGGCAGCUUGGGAUCGAUACUACAAUAAGUAUAUUAACGUGAAACGAGGUGGCAUUGGAGGCCUCACCAUGAUGCUGGCCGGAUAUUGUGUCCUCAGCUAUGCCUGGAACUACAAACACAUCCGUAAGAUGCUACCACGUUAUUGUGGCUCUUAUUAAAACUGGAUAUUUAAUUAUUUUUAGUUAGACUUCCAGAAUCAUAGAGACUGUCAGGCAAUUUUGUAAAUUGUCUCUGUUCUGCUGUUAGCCGUAGAGCAGUUCUGCCCAGUUGGAGGUUGAGGAUGGGCAACCAAUAAUGGUUUAGCCAAAAUGGCUAAAGUAGCAGACCAUUCCGGUGUAAUGUUAGUCAUUUUUCUGCUGUUUCUAUUUUAGUAAAUAAGCCCUGUAGAUUAAGUUAUACUUUUACUAGAAAUGUUGUGAUGUUGCGCAUGAGAAGCUCACUCCCCUAAAAGAACUGUGAUCUCUGGAAAGGCGUUGCGCAAUAUUGUGUAUAAUGCAUUAUGGGAACUGUGCCGUGAUGCUUCCGCAGCCUACGUGCCAUCAGAGGCUGCGCAUGGGGGGAGACAAUUUAGAUGGGUGUUCAUUAUGAAAAACAAUGCAGAUUAUGCCUCUCUGUUUCCCCUGGCACUAGGUCUCAGAUACAGAUUAGUAAUGGAUUAUGCACUUGAGGCAUUGCGGCUGCGUUAGUAGAUAAAUGAUAACUCUUGCUUCAUUAAACGCCUGUGAAUAUGCCAUGUCUCUUCUAUACAAGAGAUUUCUACUUCACAUAUAACAUUUGUUACAUCAAAAGCUUUCUGUUCUCUGCGGAUCAUUAACCAGAUCCAACCACGCGCCAGCUGGGAAUAUCCAAUGCCAAAGAUAUCAAUUAAAAUUAAAAAGAUUAAAAGAUAUCAUUUUAAGGCCAUUUCCUAAAACAGAUCAGCUUCUAUAGCAGUUUAAUUGGAGAACCCUUCAGUCCCUGAACUAAUGGUUAACCUGAGUCACUAGUUGUAGUAUUAAGGUACAGAUUAAUGGAGUAUCGAGGAUAUUUAAAUUAGCUAAUGGGUUCUUAACUAACAAAAUUGCAGUAUUUAGGGUUAAAUUAAUAUUAUAGAUUUUUUUCCUUUCUUAUCUUGCAGAUUUAUACAUAAUAUAACGUUCAGAGAUCUUGCUUCCCUGUUCCCACCAGUGUGCCGGUUACCUAUAUACCAGCGUAGCACUCUAUCUUGAAAAUAAAUUUCCACGAGCCUCCUUUCAAGAGUGCCUUAUCAUCCCAGGGGGCUUGGAGGCAGGGCAGGUCUACCAUUACGGCCUGAAGGGGAAAAUAAAUUUCCACGAGCCUCCUUUCAAGAGGUUUUGUUCCUGCGGGGCUGUGCUUGUAUCUCCCAUCGCUUCCUCCAUUAGUCACACCGUAACUAUGGCAAAAGGCACGUUGGUUUAAAAAAUAAAUCACACAAUUAGUUUCUCAAGUGUUGUCUGCCACCAUAUCUGAUGUUAUUUGCUAAAAUCAUGUAGCUUUUGUAUGUGUUUUAUUAUUACAGAACAAGAUCGCAGAAGGAGGUUCCACUGACAAUUCUCAUACACGUAGAACCAACGUAGAUAUUCUGACAUCACCGCGGCAGCAUUCAGUCACAGAUCAGCAUGGCAGGGGUUAACAGCGUAAUGAACAAGAGGAGACAACGUUAACACUGUGACUCUGUUUACAAUCUUUUUGUAGUUGACAUGCUGUGCUUUUAUAAAAGACCUUCGUAUUUUCGUAAUGUGUGUGAAAUUAACACACUUUAGCCCCAGGAAAACCAGAUUAUUUUGUAUUAUAGCGGGGAAUAAAUAGAUUUUUUUUUAACUUAACUGAUAUUUAUAAUAUUAUUAUUAAACAGUGAAAUGAAAGAAAGACUGCCGUCUCUGUUCUCUAAUAACAGAUGCUCAGAGUCAAAGAACAUUCGUUAUAUAUCGAUGACACGAAGCAGUACUUCGUUACCAAAACCACUUUACAUUUAUCAGGAAUACCUGCUUCGCAUGUUUGCAGAUAUAUUUACCUCCAUUGUGAUCAGCAUUGACUAUUUUGCCCUGAACUCAUUGUUUAGUUAAUAAACUACUUGGUUCC